AUGGGAUAUCAUGAUGUCGCUGGGCAUGAAAGACGAAAACCUACACAAAAGAACGAGAUGCAAGCACCACGUCAAUCCAAUGUGUUGGCGGCAGCAAGUCAUGUCCGUCGAUUAUUCGAGAGCAAGAAGUUGACUUAUGCUGUCAUGGGUGAGCUCGCUUUACUUUGCCUUGGACAUCGAUGUGAGGUACGAGAUAUCUUCAUUGCGUACGACGACAAAGACUGCAGUCGAAUCAAGAAGAAGCUAGAGGGGGACCGGCGCAUACAACUGCCAGAGGGCAUAAGUCCUCUGUCUUCUUCCAAGAUACUAGUACAAACCGGACCUAGCUUCUUGGACACCGGAUGUACAAGUCCAGCGACAAUAGAAGUAACUUUAGUACCAGCUGGCUCGUAUGAGACACCGCCCAGCGGAAACCUUGCUAGUAACCUCGUACUAUUGAGUCUCCGAGCCGAUGGGGUGUUGAAAACAUUUUACGCGUUGAACAUGCUAUAUCUCGUCAGAACACUGCUCCACUUCUGUCAGAUUCGCAGUCUAGCCUGGGAACCACGGCAGGGCAUUUUGUUUCUAUGCCAACUCUACAGGAGCCAAGUGGAGGCAAUCCGCUGUCACUUGCAACCGAAAAUCGUUGAAGAGAACUUCUUGCGUACAGCUUUCCUCAACAGGCUUCCAGUUCAGGAGCAGCGCAAAUGCUACCAAACAUUGCUGGCGCAGGAGCCUCCAUUACUCAAGACGUUAGCUCCUCCACAACCGGAGGCAAUCCACACUCGAUCGCAGUCCACUUUUGGAGUUACAAGGUCUCCGGGCAUCGUGCGCGCCUCAUUACCAGACUUUCUAUGUCCACCGCAAUCACAGAACGUCAAGUCAUCACACGUGCGUACGGCGCAGACGACCCCAAAGCUUGUGGAACCUACGCAGGCAUCUCAAAAAACAAUGAAUUCGUCAAGAGAUUCAGCAUCCAGAUACCGUGUAGUCAGUGCGCCAAAUAGUAGACGCACCAGUCCUACAGACCCUCGGUUUACGGCCAACCCACAGGCUCAAGGAUCCACUAUUAAGCAGCUUAAGCUACAGAUACCUGUAUCUUCCCACCACCAACGCGCAUUCUCUCAUUCGGUCACAAACACCGAUCCAGUCGCUGUACAUCAAUUAGGACAGCAGUGCUUGAAAUCACGACCUGUUUCUACAGGUACCCGCAUAGCCCAGCCUCCAGCGGAACAUGCGCCCGUGGUCACCAACCUGUCCAUACCUGGUGUUAGUACUAGACACCAGAUCCCUCGUAAGACUUAUCCAGAUAUUUCCGGUGCACAUGUGCCAGAGCAAGAGUCUAGCAGACUUCACAUAGUGAAUCCUGAUGGCGAGGCACCAUCAUGCCACAAGUCGCAAGGAGAGACACACAAACUGCAUCUUGUGGGACCUGAAGGGGUAUAUCAAUCACCGCCUACCUCAAGCAAACCAUCACCAGCCGCCGACGAAACUCAUAAGGCAUUGAAUACUUCACUUCCAGCUUUCGAGGUCAACGAAACGUCCCCACCCAACGACAUCCUCGCGGAGCUCUCAGCAAACAUCGACGCUGCUCUACAAGUCAGCAAUCACCCAUGCACCUCUCCUCCGCCAGCAACGGUACAACCACAGGAUAUGAACAGACCCUUGGUGCCUCGCGCAAGCUCUGCCCCAUUCAACACGUUGCCAGCAAGUCUUACAAUCGGCAGCACAUCUCAUCGCCACUCCACCACACCACAGACUUCUACCUCAGCUGGCUCCAUGACGCGCACAAAUGCAUUAAGAUAUUCGCAGCAACCUUCAGCACCCACUCUAGCCUCAAUCAUCAGCGACGGGCUUGCAUCGCCGACUCUCACACCAGCACCAUUGUCAUUUUACAAAGCAUACCAGCCAAAUUCUGCGUCUGCUUCACCGCCGAAUUUGGACAUGUCACCACUGGAUAGCGCCUGUGCUGAAUACAAUUCUCAGUUCGCGAACUUCGGGCAGGUGAAGGAUGUCGAUGGUAUGGGACAUUACUUUGCUACGCAUAAACAUACUGGCUCGCAUGCCGUUCGACCUGUAAGCAAGAGUUUCGAUUCAAGCCAGCUGGCCAUGGAGUAUCGAGCGGCAUUACCGGAGUUUGAAGAUGGGUAUGGAGGCCGGUAG